UAUAAGACGAGCGUCGAGAAGGCUCCUGCGCUGUCCAUUUGGAUCUCCUUUUCUUCUGCGCUGUUCGCUACUUGCUUAUUGCAGCAAACUGCAUAUCGCUGCGUGGGUUCAGCUUAAUUAACGGUUGGACCUAGCAGCGCAUAUAUGGAAUCCACUUCUCCAUGGGCGGGACCUUACGAGCUUCAGCUGGCCAAGAACUGGACCGCUGAAGUAGCACCAGCUGAUGAUCCUCAAGUGUGGGCUCCUGCCGUCGGCCACCCUUUGCAGUAUGAGUCCAUCGCCGGCGACAUGUUUGGUUCCUCCUGCAGCCUCCAACCGUAUGUCGUCCCUGCUAGCAGCUACUGUGGCAGAGGGCAGCAGCAACUGGUUGAGUACAACUACUACAACUACUAUGCUGCCACCGCACAGCAUCAUGAUCCAGAUCCUAUGAAGACCUAUAUUGAUCCAGAUCUUAUGGAGAGCUACAUGGUUAACCCUGAGAAACUGUUCCAGGAAAGACAGGAGGAGUUCAAGGAUGAUGCCAAAUUGAUUAAAAUGAAGAUGCAUAGGUACCCUCCAAGCAUUCGAGCUCUCGGCGAUUGGUGUACUGUGCCCAAGGUUGUGGCCAUCGGCCCUUACUACCACCACCGAGACCACCUCCAGAAGGCGGAGAAGAUGAAGUAUGUAGCUGCGCAGUACUGCAUCCAGGAGUACAAAAAGGUCAACAACAAUUCCGGCCUCUCGGUCCAGAACUUGUAUGAUGCAGUGGUCUCCGUUGCUCUGGAAAUCCGCGGCCUCUUCGACAAGGACGUGAUGGCAGGUAUCAGCUACGAGGGCGACUUCCUACCUAUGAUGUUCUAUGACGCCUGCUUCUUGGUGAUAUACAUUCUUAGGAAGUCGGGCGCGUCGUUGGACAGGGACCUGUACGAUUUCUUCGAGGCCAACGAUAAUGACAUCGCUCUUGACAUCAUGCUGCUUGAGAACCAGAUCCCCUUGCAGGUGGUGGAGGCCGUCAUGAACAUGUGCACGGCCGAGUCCAUGGAGAUAAUGGAGAUGUUCAUUGCUAUGUGGUGGGAAGAUGGCUUUCUGCAAGACCGGGUUCGUUCAAGAAAAGACCGGGUUGUCCCUGGAUCAUCUCGUGUUUCCUGGGUCCAAGACUACUACAAUAAAGCACCGCAUCUCCUUGGCCUCCUCCGAUUCUACGCUGUAGGAAAAAGAAGAAGAAGCACCAGCAAACCCAAGAUGUCACCUUCAGAUUUAAUGAAAAUGGAAUCGAUACCACUUUCAGCCGGUGCUAUCGAGCUUGCCGAAAUGGGCAUCUUCCUCACAGCCAACGAAACAACGGAGCUCCCAGACAUGGGCCUCGACAGGAAAUGGAUCGUCUUGGCCGAGCUCUCCAUGGCGCCGCUGUGUCUCAACGAUGCACGUGCAAGAUGGCUCGUCAACAUGGCGGCUCUCGAGCUAUGCACGACUCCAGAUUUUUUUGACUAUCACACGGCCGAAUUUGAAGACUCCGCUGUCUGCUCGUACCUCCUCCUGCUGUCCAUGUUGAUGCAUCGGGAGGAGGACGUGCAUGAGCUGCGAACCAACGGUAUCCUGCAAGGAGCAGGGCUCAACAAUAACAAGACACUCGACUUCUUCACCAGCCUGCAUAGCCUGCGCAAAGGACGCUGCUAUGCCCUCGUCAUGGUAGAGAUCCAGAAUUACAGGAACAAGAGGCCGUGGAUCAAGGUGUACAAGUUUGUUUACAACAACUGGAAGUAUAUCGUCGCGGUUGGCUCCACCAUUAGUGGUAUUAUCGGUAUCAUAGUGACGCUCAUGAAGCUCAAGGGCGCCCAUUAUUGAUAUGAGAGAGAUGCAUGCACGUAGUAUUUCCCUGGAACUAUAUUGUUGGUGCUUUUAGUAGUUUCUCUCUUUUUCAUUGUACCAGAAUGUAUUUAGUAUGUGUCUAGUUGAAUAAUAACAAUCUGGCAGCGAAUGUCUCUGUAGAAUGGAAGUAAUCAUCAGGCACAUA